GUAAUUAUCGUUUUCAAUCCAAACCUCGUUUCAUCUUCGCCUGCCACGUGAGAGAACCGUUUUUGGUUGAAUUAUUUCAAUAAUAAUUUUUAAAGUAAUAAUGAAAAAUUAAAAUUAACGCUUUAUUUAAAAGAAUGGCAGUUCUCCUGUUAGUUUUUUCGUUGCUGGCAGUCUGUUCCGCGCAGUUUAAGGAUGACUUGCAGACUUAUGAGACGGAGUGUCUCAUGGAAGGUUCAUUUUCUUGUACAUCAGGAGCGUGUAUACCGUCGGAGAAGUAUUGCGAUGGGUAUAACGACUGUGAGGAUGGAGGCGAUGAGAACUUUUGUGCCAAUCACCGUCCAGAUGCUCACUUGUGUAACGAGACUCACCAGUUUCUAUGUACGGACGGGUUGAUGUGUCUGCCGAGCUCAUGGGUGUGCAACUAUGAGAACGACUGCAAAGAUGGUUCCGAUGAAAUGGGCUGUGAAAAGAUAAUCCAACAUGAUAAUUCAUCAUGCAAAGGUUUCCAAUGCGAUGGCGGGAAGCUGUGCAUAUCAGAUCUUUGGAUGUGUGAUGGUUAUUACGACUGUGCUGAUAAAACAGAUGAAGACGUCGUGGAGACUUGUCAUCAUGCACCUCGUCCGAAGCAUCUUCAUGAUACACUGAACUGCGAGGUCAGAUCUAUGAACUACACGUGCUUGGAUAAAUCCUACUGCGUACCGUACAAUAACAUGUGUGACGGUCUGAAGGAUUGUAGAGACGGUAGUGAUGAAGGGGCAUUUUGUGCCGAAUGGUCCAAGAUGUGUGCAAACAGAACCUGUCCCAGAGAGUCGUUCUGCAAGCCCACUCGUAAUGGUGGUACUUGCGUGUGUAACUCCUACAAGGAGUACAAUCCCAGCAGUGGGGAGUGCGAGCGUUCCCGACAGUGUCUCCAGGAAGUGCCCGUCUGUUCCCACAUGUGUGAGGAUAUGGGGGACUACUUCAAAUGCACUUGUGAAGAUGGAUACAGAUCUGAUCAUGCUCAGUAUCUGUGCUUUGCUCCUGGUCCCGAAGCGAUGUUGUUCUUCAGUACCCAAAACUCUAUACAGUAUGUGACAGUCAAAUCAAACCAUAGCGUUUCCGUGUUAACUGGAAUCAAAAAGGCCCACGGUGUUGCAUACGAUGGCAAAUAUUUAUACUGGGUCGAAACAGAAAAAGGACAUCAAGCCAUCAUGAAGGCACAGCUAGAAGACGUCGCUGAAACCAAACAGGUGCUGGCUGCCCUGGGACUUGAGGAUCCGGGAGAUAUAGCAGUGGACUAUCUCGGUGAUAACAUCUACUUCAGUGACACAGCACGCGGCUGUAUCACUGUGUGUCGGACUGAUGGCGCUCUGUGCGUCACGCUCGCCGCACACACGAGAAGACCAAAGUUUGUUACAUUGGAUCCAAGGAAGGGCGUAAUGUAUUGGGCUGAUAAGCAUGACAAGCCGGUUAUAAUGAAAGCUAAGAUGGAUGGCUCGGAGUCGGAAAACCUUGUGCACGAGCUGAGUACUUUUGCGAAAGGCCUUGCUUUGGACGCACCAAACGGAAGGUUGUACUUCGUUGAUGGAACUAUUAAAGUUGUUAUACUGAAUGAUAAGAGAGUUUAUUCCUUUUUCGAAGAGCAAUUCCACCAUCCGUACUCGCUAUCAGUGUUUGAAAACACAAUAUUCUGGAGUGAUUGGACUUCCAGGACGAUACAGACAGCAGAUAAAAUACACGGCACUAGCAUCAACAGGAACAUUUUGCUGACCCUGGAUACGCCGGUGUUUGACAUGCACCUCUACCAUCCGAUCCUCACGAACGCAACCCACAACCCGUGUUCGUCUCGCUCGUGUCCACUCUGCCUUAUAACAUCCAACACGAGCUCUGUGUGCGCCUGUCCAGAUUCUAUGCGAAAUGUUAAAGGGCAUUGCGAAUGGAUACCGGGCUAUCGUCCUGACUACUUGUUGGUAGCAUCAGGCUCAGCUUUCAUCAGAAUAUAUUAUGAUACUGUCGGAAAUCCAGAGACCCACUCGACUGUCCUCGAUAUAGGACGGGUCCAAGCCAUGGCCUAUGACAAUUUUAGAGAUACUCUUUAUAUAUACGACGGUCAACACAAGUCUAUCAACUCUAUCCUUAUGAGCGACUUUUCCCUCGGCGUUACUCACCUUUUUAUGUACAAAGGUCUUGAAAAUGUUGUUGAUAUGGAUUAUGAUUACGUAUCCGAUUCUUUAUAUAUCUUGGACGCUGGUCGUCGCGUUAUAGAAGUGGUUUCACUGAAAAACAAACACACAGCAUUACUGUAUCGAUUUAGGGAAGAGGAAAUACCCAUAAGUUUUUGCGUUUUGUCAGCGUACGGACGUAUGUUAGUUGCUGUCUUGGAUACCGAUAACGAUAUCAUCUACAUAGAUUCAUUCGGACUCGAUGGUGACGAUCGUAAACACAUAGUUACAAAUAAUACACGUGGUCCAAAUAUCCGGAUGAGGUACUCGACCGAUCUGGAUGUAGUAUUUUUAUCUGAUGAUCAAAACGGAGUAAUUGACUUUCUACAUCCACAAGGUACUGGUAGAGAGAAUUUCCGUGAAGUUGUAACAAAUAUCGCUAGUCUCGCUGUGACCGACAAUCAAGUGUUCUGGACGGACAAACGGUCGACCAAAUUGUAUUGGGCGGAUAUGCAUGAUGCGACGAGGAAGAUACGCAGAAUAGAAUUAUCAAUAUUUCCAAACACCACACAUCUGGUUAUUCUCGCUACUUCACCCCUUCCUAAAUCGCAUGGUCACACAUGCUCCAACUCGAACCCCCCUUGCUCCCAUAUUUGUGUGCAAAAAUCGCACGAAUACGUAAAACCGGGAUCGAUUGAUUCAGCGCCUUUGCAGUACACUUGCUUGUGUCCCGUCGGCUUCAUAAAUAAUAAUGGGAUUUGUUACGAAGUCACAAAGUGUAAAGAGCACGAGUUUUAUUGUCAUAAAAGUAAUCAAUGCUUUGACGGUAGCAAGAAAUGCGAUGGUACUGAAGAUUGCAAAUUUGGUGAAGACGAAGAAGGGUGCUUGAUUAAAGGAACAUAUUAUUUGAAAAUAUGUGAAGAUGACGAAAUCGAUUGUCAUGGCAUUUGUAUUCAGAGAACUGAAAUCUGUCGGAACAAUACCACAAAACAGUUGUUAACGUGCGGUUCCUCUGAAUUCCGUUGCUCGGACAACUCUAUAUGUAUAGAGCGUGCGCUCGCGUGUGACGGCCACGCGGACUGUAGAGACGCUUCUGAUGAACACCCAGACGCCUGUGAUACCAGAGAAUGUGGCGAAUUUGAAUACAUGUGUGCUUCAGGAUCAUGUAUACCACUCGCGUGGAAAUGUGACAAACACGAAGAUUGCUUGGACGGCUCCGAUGAGAUCAGCUGUGAGAGCAGAAGCUGUCCGUCCGGUACCUUUGAAUGUGAUACCGGGUGUGUCGAGGUUUACAAGAGAUGUGACGGAAAAUACGACUGCGAAGAUCACGAGGACGAAAGGGACUGUGAUGAACCAGAGUUUGCUGGAGUUAUUGACUUCUCGUCGUGCGCUCCGUGGGAGUACAGAUGUGAGCACAACAAGUCAAUUUGCUUGCCUCAAACAGCACGUUGCAAUGGCCGCACAGACUGCCCGGGUGGUUCAGACGAGGCGGGAUGUAACUUCCAGUGCGGGGAACUGUUCCCGUGCACUCAGGAACAUUGGUGCGUGUACCGAGACCAGCUCUGUGAUGGCAGGCAGGACUGCGCUGACGGAUCCGACGAGACCUUCGACGUCUGUGCCAGAGCCAAUAAAACAAGACCUCUGACACAAACGCCGCCAACACCUUGCGAGGACUACCGCUGUGAUGAUGGCCAGUGCCUGCCGUGGGAACACGUGUGUGACGACAAGGCUCACUGCCGGGACGGCUCCGACGAGAACGGGCUCUGUAACAGUACUUGCGCUGCUGGGUGUAUAUCUCGCCGUACUCCCCGCGGCCCGCGGUGCUCCUGCAGGAGUGUCUGCGAGGAGUGCUCGCACACGUGCCACACUGACGGGGAGACGUCCGUGUGCGCCUGCUAUAAGGGAUACGGACUUAGAUUGGACCGUCGCUCGUGUAAGGCGCUGUAUGGGGCUCCGGCCACCUUAUACUCCCGGGGGGGUGCAGCGUGGUCAUUGACCUCUCACGUUCAUACAAUGCUAUAUCACGAGGGGGAGGAACUCAGCGACUUGGAUUGCGAUGUCAGGCGAGGCAAGUUAUAUUUUACUUCGAGUGAGGUCGGUAAGCUGAUUGAAGUGGACAACAAAAGACAGCCGCCAGUAAAAAGCAUAACCAACAUAGGGAGACCUGGCAAGUUGUCAGCGGACUGGAUAACCGGUAACGUGUACUUCGCGGACAGCACUCCGUCCCAAGGCUCCAUACGAGUUUGUAAUUUCAAGAAGCAGAAGUGUGCCAAAUUACAGAAGAUACCCACAGAUGUGCAGGUGACAGCCCUAGUUACGGACCCCGCUAAUCACCUGUUAUUCUACUGUCUAUCUGACUCUUCUGAAUCUCACAUACGCUCAUCCUCGAUGUCUGGUCGCUCUCCGUCCGACGUGGCCACGGUUCCAGCUUGUCUGGGCCUCGCUGUGAACUCCUUCAGCAAACUCCUGUAUAUCAGCACUCCAUCUUCUAUCCUGAAGGUCGGCUAUGAUGGAAGCAAUCUCAUAACUCUCAUAGACCACCCUAUAAGCACACCUCACCUCGCAUUCUUCGAGGACUACAUAUACUUCAUACACAAUUCCCACGUAACCCGCUGCCUGCACUUCGGCCCCAAAACCUGCGAGACCCUCAGCCACGUGUACAACGCCUCAAACUUCGUUCUAAGUCACGAGAGCAUACAAAGAGAUGACGUCAUCAACUCGUGUGACGUCACGGAGUGCGGACACGUGUGCGUGCUGGAUCGUGUAGCUGUGUGCGUGUGUCAUGAUGGCAGUAUAGUUAGAGAUGGAGUGUGUCCUGGGGGCGGGGCGGAGGAGCAGGCCGUGUUCAGUGACGGCUCCCAUUCCCACGUUUGGUCCUUAACAUUUCUGUGGGUGCUGUUGCUGAUGCUCGCGGUGUACGCGGCCGCGUUUGUCCACUACCGCCUCUACAGGAAAAACAAGACGCCAGCCGAAUAUAUACAAGUCAGAUAUCACAACACCUCAGAAGGCCUGACUCAUCUUUCGCACCCAAUCAUCGACGUCCCUGAAGCCGGAGCAAUGAGCCACGAGUUUGUGAACCCACUGCAAUUCGUAAGAAAUUUUUGGCGGGAAUCCUUCGAAAGACAGAAGCCGAUCGGUUCAAAUGUCAUGUACGAAGAACAGCAUGAUCCAUCGGACACGGAGUCUGAUCUCGAUGUGAGAGAAACAAGGAGAAUGAUCAAAUGAUUAGUUGUGAAGUAAAAAAAAUAAUCUGCUGGCAGAUUCAAAUACAAUCAUAUAUUUUUAUUUACCUCGAGUAUUAUUUGAAUUACAGAUAUAAUUAUGAACAAGCAUAAUUGUUGUUCUGUCACUAAUCCAUAAUAUGUAAUUUAUAUUAAUAAAAAAUGUUUACUUUUCUGAA